AUAUUAUUCUGCUGGUGUUGUCUGAUUUAUGAAUCGGUUCGAUCGAAUCAAUAAAAGCUCCGGUUCCACAGAACGACUCUGCGCGAGUCGGACAACAUGACAUUGAAGCAACUCUAAAAUUCACUUCAGACCGCCUGGAGGAGCAUCGACAUGGACGCAGUUUUCAACGCAUCCAGACCGAGAAAGCGCGGCGAAGUCUACAGAAUCUGACAGUUGGAGAUCACGCGUUUCUUCUGUCAAAAAAAAUCGCUGCUAAAUAAACAUUUGUAUUUAUCAAUGUCCCGCACGCAGACUGGAUCUUUAACGCUUAGAUACAGCGGUCUGGACUGGUUUUAGUUUAGGUCAAAAUCAGACACACAUGGGUGGAAAUCUCGGGUGCCACCGGUCCAUCCCCAAGGACCCAACAGAUUUGUGCCAUGGCACGCGCAAGUUCAGCGCGGCGUGCAACUUCAGCCACAUUCUUGUGAACCAGGAGCGGAUAAACAUAAACACGGCUACCGAGGAGGAGCUCAUGACCUUACCGGGUGUGAACCGCGGGGUGGCCCAAAACAUCGUGGAGUACCGAGAGUGCAUCGGAGGCUUCAAGAAAGUCGAAGACCUCGCGCUGGUCAGCGGAAUCGGCGCCACUAAACUCGAGGCUAUUAAACUGGAAAUCUGCGUGUCGAGCAAGUGCGGCUCGUCCAAUCACUCGCCGUCAUCUCUGCGGAAAGAGCACGAGCACCUGCCGUGCACCGGCGUGAACAUCAACACGGCCACGACGCCGCAGCUCAUGAGCGUCCGCGGCAUCACCGAGAAAAUCGCCAAGAAUAUCGUGGACUUCCGAGCAGUCCACGGCCCGUUUAAAAGCAUUGAAGACCUGGUUAAAGUUCCCAGCCUUAAUUCAUCGCUGUUGGACCGGAUCCGGUUCCAGGUGUUCGUGGAGCGCUCCAGAACACCAUCGACAAACACGAACGGGGGGUUGACGCACCCGAGCCCCACUUCCUUCAGCGUGUGCAGCGUGGAUCUGGACGUUCCUCCCGGUGGACCGGCGUUUAUCACUUCUGUCCGACCCUGCGUGGAGCCUCCCGCGGACACGCGCGAUGGGAAGCCUGUGGUGCGAGUGGGCACGUGGAACCUGCAGCGCUGCUCAAGUGAGAAAGCCAACAACCCUGGGGUCAAGGAGGUCGUGUGUAUGACCUUACUGGAAAACGACAUUAAGCUGCUAGCGGUUCAAGACUUGGCUGACCGGGAAGCUCUUGACAAGUUUUGUGCAGAGUUGAAUCAGCCAACUCUCUCAAGUGUUCGCAAGUGGAAGAACGUCAGAGGUCUGUGGAAAUCUGCUGUUUCAGACAAACCCACCGGACAAUGCAAUAAUGGUGCUGAGUACUCAGGUUUCUUAUGGGACUGCUCUUCUGGCAUUCAAAUGAAGGAUGUCACUGUCUUGGAAAAUUCUCCAACUAACGGAAAUGGAAAACAUGCAGAUCCACAUCCAUACCUGGGCCGGUUUUAUAUUGGAUCAUCGGAGCUCACGCUGGUGAAUGUACACAUGGCAGCAACAUCAUCGGCUGGGGAACAGAAGGGGAAAAACAACUGCGCUGAUGACCUCAAAACCCACAAACUAAACUCCGGUAUCCAGGAAACUCUCAAAGGUGAACGAGAGUUGCUGGUGCUCGGGCACUUUGGCACGGCUCCCGACAGUCCUGGGAUGGAGUGCUUGAGAAAAGAAAAACUCACCGCCCUCCUCCCGGCAUCCGUCUUUACAAACAUCAGCACUCGAACGCCGCAAGGUUCCCGCUGCUUGGACAACAUCUGGACCAGCCGCUCCCUCAAAAAGAUCUACACCGGUCAUUGCUCAGUGGUGCGGGAAGGACUCACCAAUCCCUGGAUUCCAGAUAAUUGGUCAUGGGGUGGUGUGGCAUCCGAGCAUUGUCCCAUAGUGGCUGAAUUCUACGUAGACAUAAUCCAGAAGGAGCGUCUGUGCAAUGGAAACGGCGUGACAGUGGUGGAGAGAGGAGACACUAUGAGCAAAAAUGAGCGAUGACCUUUGACAUCAAAAACUAUUUGACUAUAAAUGAAUGAAUGACAGCUGGAGAAAGACAAUGACUGACUGAAUAUACUGAAGAUGAAGUGAAGAGAAAUAAUGACUAUAAUUAUUUUCCGUUUUGUCCAUGUACAGUAGAUUCUUCAGCAGCAAACCUGAUUUUAUUGUAGAGCGAUAUAAAGAGAGAGAAAGAUUUAUUAAAGAUGAUGAUAAAGAGACAAAUGAUGUGUGCCAAAACUUUAUAAGUCUAUACAAUAAAUCAAUAUUUAAAACCUGAGUUUGUGUCCUAUCAGAGAUGGUCUCACAAAUGUUCAUUUUUUUAACUUCUGUCCUAAGAUUAUUGCAUAAAUCUUUAUAAAAAAUAAAGGGUUUGGGGCUAUAGUUUUCAAUUGGAGGAGUUUUAUAUGUAAUUGCAGGAUUAUUGUGUGCUAGAAUGCUCAAUUUUCAAAUCUACAUAUAGUUUGAUCACUUUUUAGUGUGAGAUUUGGCCAAUUUGUUUACAACUUGUUUAAGAAAUAAGAAGUUGCACAAACUGAAUACUUCCCCUUUAAUACAAUGGCUGCAGUAUUUCACCACAUUAUUUCCUCUACUGUAUAGUGAAUUCAUUAGCAUUGGCCAUCACAUCCUACAAGAUCACUUAAUAAGGAUUAAUACGAUUUACACAGUAAAGACUAUGCAGUAUUAUCUGAUUACUUUAUACCUGAAAUUUACUGACCAACCUGAAAACAUGAACAGCACUGUUUAUUAGAUUUGCAUGUCUGUUCUUUUGUACUUUGUGCUAUUGCUCAGUUUUUUAUUACUGACCAUUAACUUGAAAUUUAUAUGAGUUAAAGCAACACUAUGCAGUUUUUUUACCUUUAAAUAAUGUCUCUAAAAUUAUUUCAAUGAUAGAACAACUUUUAACUGGACAAAUUGUACUGUUGCUGCAACCUGAGCAGCCUCCUAGCUGCUACAAGCACACUCUGAAAGUGGCGGUGGAGGGUAGGAAACACAGCCCCGCCCCUCCCCCUGCCUGCAAAAGAGUGUCUGAUACCAGGCACUGUUGCGCUUUUCAACCACAUGGGGGAGCUGUAAGUCAUUUUUACAUGGAAACUACAUAGUGUUGCUUUAAGCUAAUAAUGAUUUCUAAAGGUUACAUGCGUUAAAAACAAUAACGGGCAUAUUUCAUCGUCUAUGUUUAAACCAAAGAGAUAUGGCGAAGAGAGUAGUCAGGAGAUUAGUGAUGACAGCAUGUAGGAUGUCGGUGCUAUGAGUAGUGUGAGUACCAAGCAACAUCUCCAGGUGCUCCUUUGAGAACCAGGACAAAAAAGUUAUGUGCACCCCUGCUUAUAUCAUACAUCUACAGUUAUGAUUAAAGGAUAAAAAAGGACAGGAUAUGACAUGGUUAAUUUGUAAGUCAUUGUAAUGUUGAGUCUUGUUUAAUAAACACUUAUAGCACUUUU